CUAAAUUGCUUGCCUUGAUUCAGUGAAAUGUUUGUACCUGCUCUCCACUAUCUCUACAUUCCUUAACUCUGUGCAAUUGUCUACUCCCUAGUCCGACGCCAUUUGUAUUACAUGUGUGUCUGUGAAUCCAGUCCCGCAUUUUUGUGCCUUCCUUGUCGUUGUAUAAUUGCCCUUUCAUGUGUCUCACCUGAUGUUUAUUUGUUAGACCACCCUCACUCCCAUGCCCCACCUAGGUUGUCUCAUUCCCCUGUGUAUUCAUACCUGCCCUUCUCAGUUGCACCUUGCUAGUUUGUCAUAUCCUGCUUUCCAAAACCUGAGCCCUUAUUUUCCUUUACUCCAGUUUUAGCCUCCUUGUUCCCGAGCCCUUGCCCUUGUGGCAUUCUCUAUCGUUGGUUUUUGUUUUCUGGAUUCCUGUGUAUGAGCCCCUGCCUGAUUCUCUGGACUCUUCUCUGGUUUUUGUGGAUAUCUGUACCUCUGCCUUAUUUGGUCUGACUUUUUCAUCAUCCCAGUGCCUGCUAUUGGUUCCUCUGUUCCCCCAGCCAUGACACAACUGUUGUUGCUAAAGCAAUGGCAUCUUAAAAUAGUUUAUACAGAUAGAACCGUGAGUUUUAACGCUUUAAAAUGGUAUAUCCUUGGCCGGUGAGACUUAGGGGGUUAAAAGCCUACAUUGCAUUUGUUAGAUACAAACAAACCAUGAUGACAGUAGUACACAUUGCGAUUCAAAUUAGCCACUGCCUGGGAAAAGGCAUCAGAGUAGUAUAAGUCCAGGAAAAGUAUAUAGUUAUUUUAGGUAAAUACAUAGUUUUCCAGUAUUCCCUUUUUCCCUAAAAAUAUAACAUUACCAGGCCAUAGAGCCUGUCAUUGGAUCAUUUGUGGUCAUGUAAUGGUUCAACAUUUCAUGGGUAUAAAGAUGUAAUGGCGCAGAAUUCAGAUAAGUGUCUCUUCAGUGAUCAGUUAAAGCAAAAAAAAAAAGGUGUAGGACCACAAUAUAGUGCUGUUGGGCGGUAGCAGGCUGUUGUAACUGCCAGACCCAGGUGGAAUUUAGACCAGUACUGUGCAGAUUAGUUUUAGCCAAUAAUUACGGAGCCCUUGACCUUGUAUAUUGACCUUGAUGUAAGAGGUCAAAUGGGUGUAUGGUGGCCCUGCUCACCACUGUCGAAAACGAAAUUACUUUUGCAAGCAGAAAAGGAAACGGGCAAAGCAGUAGUUGUGCUUUGAGAAUAGUUUUGCACACUUGUUCAGAUUAUGUGCAUGUUAAAAGUGUGGAUUUCUCCUCGACCGUCAAAGUCAACAACAUUCCACUCAAAGAUGGGCUUUUUUUGUUUUGUUUUAGCGUUUGUCUUUAAAGUAAUGCCUCGGACACUCCUGUUUAAGUAAGCUCAUGUACGCAGAAAAAGUGUGAAACAUACCAUCCUGAACUCUGCCCGCAUACCAAAAAAACUUCAUAGAGGUUUCACCAUUCAAACUGCGUUGCACAGUGUUGUGUGCCUUUAUACACGCCUGACACAAGAAGCAAGAGCAUUAAGUGUCUGCAUUCUUUCUAAGUCGGAAUAAAAUAAAAUGGUCCGUUAUUAAGCAUUUUAGUCAGUUUUGCAUUUUUCCGAGGGUUAAUCGACUUGCAGUGCCCUCCAAAUAUGUGUCAACGGUAGAAUGAUUUUUUUUCAUCAGUGGAUAUUGCAUUUUCAUCUUACUAUGGCUGAAAAACAUCUAAUCUGGUUGGGGAGGGCAGCAGUAAAAAUAUCACAAGCGACUGUACGCAGAAGGCUUUGAGAGUAGAAUUGCAUGUAUAGUAUAGAGGCAAGAUGUGAACCUCUUAUCAGCAUCCCACCUCAACUGUGCAAUAUGGAGGAGGUAGUAUCAUGGCUUUGGCAUGAAUGGCUGCUUCUAGAACAGGUUCAAUCAUCUUUAUCGGAGAUGUAAUGGUGGAGGGCAGCAAUAGGAAUUAUUUGAAAGUGUAUAGACAGAUUUUGUCUCCCCAUGUACAAGAAAUGUGUCUGACGGUUCAUCCUUCAACAAGACAAUGACAAAAAACACACAGCUUAUGCAACCAAAGCAUUCACCAGUGGGAAAGAUGGUAAACUUUUGGACUGGUCAAGUCAGUCAUCUGAAUUAAAUCCAACUGAGCAUGCAUUUCAUAUCACUUAGAACUGUAAGGGCAAUUUUAAAAAAAAGAGUCAAACAUGGAAUGGUUGCAAACUUGUCAGAAAGAAGACACAUGCGCAGGUUGUCCCCAGGGAUGGCGAGGAUGAGGAAGGCCAUAACGAACCCAAGGAUCACUGUUUAAGAAUAGCAGAGAUUGGUUGCAUCUUGCGGUCGGCAAGUCUCAAAAAGCCAUAAAAUUAUAUCAAUGAUUGUAAAAAGUUUUGCAUGGAGGAAUGUUCAAAAAUCCCUCCAAGGUACUCUAACCUUAUCGCGAAUUAUCGGAAAAUACUCAUAGCUGUCAUCUUUGCCAGGGUUGUUUGCGAAAAAAUAAUAAACCAUGGGAGCCAAUUAUUGUGAAUUUUAUUAUUCUUUUUUUUUAUGUAUGACUAAAUGUAUGAUUAAUUCCAUUGAAUCUUUAAUAAAGCACACUUUACACAUGUUGAAAGAAAGGCUUAUGUCAAUAACUAUUGUUUUUAGUUUACAAAUAUUGUGUUUAGUGCACAGUGCGUUUUUCUCAAAUGCGCCAAUAAUUAUGGACAGUUAUUUUCUGUAGGAGAGGUUUGACAGCGCCAUAAGCACGUGUUACGAGACAAAGAAAGACCCUGCUCAGGACUAGGGGUCGUAAAGUGAAAGUGGGGUUACCGAAUACUUGUUCGCGCGUUCUAAAGCAAAGAAAACGCGGUUUCAGAGAUAUUGGAGCCUAUUGCUAUGAAUGAUUUGGUGAUGAUUUGAUGCUGGCUACUGGUAAGUUUGAAUUUUAAUGAAUGGAAAAUAUAAUAUAUAUUAUUUUUUUGCACAUAGGACACGAUGCAUGUACACCCCUUAGGGUAGGUCUAUAUGCUACAUAUUCCUGGUAAUACGUGUAGCCUACAUUUUGAAAUGUAGCUUCCUAUAUCAACGAGAUUAAAUAGUCUGUAUAUUUGAAAUGUGGCCGGUAUAUUUUUCUACAGAUCUUAUAUUUACCUUAUUUCUUAUGUUGUUUUAAGGAGGUAGAAUGGAAUAUAUAAAGUACCAAUUGUAGGUGUCACAUGGUCUGUAUUUCAAAACUGUCGCUGUAGGACACGAUAUUUAACGUAGAGUUUAUAGCUAGUUUGAUAAUAGUUACUUCCUGUCAAUAUCUUUCUGCAGUUAAAAGAAUGACCACUCAAUACCAAGCUUUCAAAACGUCAAGAAGAAUCUGUGUUGAAACGAUGCUUCUUUGCGUAAUAGUGUGCCAGUGCAGGUGGUGUGAGGGGGUGGUAGAGAGACGGGCCACCAUCAGAGUGAAAGUGGGAGACAGCUCUCUUUUCCUGUCUCGCCUGAAUCCAACCAAAGCUACAAUGUUGACCUAUUUUUUAAGACAAUUAGAAUAGUUUUCUGGAGUCCUCAAACAUUAUUUCAAGUUCAUGAACAAUAUAAGGGAAGGAUCACUGUUGUCAAUGACUCAGUGUGGCUGAACAAACCAAACCUAUCAGAUUCUGGCUUGUAUCGAGUUAAAAUUGAAUAUAUAUCAGGGCAUUUUAGGGCACCAGAGAACACAUACUUUCACCUGCAGUUUUUUGGUAAGUUGGCACAAAGCAGAUUUCACAUUAUCUAAAUGUUUUUCCACCUUUUACACACCAUCAUUUGUCAUUCAUAUUAAGUAUUGUAUUAUAUUAUUAUAGGGAAUACAUAAUGACAGCAAUAAUUCACUUGUAAUUACACGGACUGGCUGUACACGUGGCAUAUGUUGCCAUUGAAAGUUGGCAAACUACGCAAAGUGGUAUGUAUUCUUGCCGACCUGUGAAGUGCGCCCCCCCUCCUCCAUUUUAAGUUACUUACAUUUAUCCUCAGGCGUUCAGAUUCCUUUGUACUAUGCUCAUUAAAAUAAUGAAAAAAUAAAAAUAAAAUAAAAAAGUUGGGCAAACAUUAGUCAACUAGACUGUUAACCCUUGUGUGGUCUUAAGGGUAAAAAAUGACCCGCCACUAUGUUUAAAAGCAGAGGAAACCCCCAAAAUGACAUUUUUUCAACUUGAAAUUUGACAGGUUGUUUCUUCAUGCAAAAUAGACUUGGGGUUUAAAAUUUUAUUAAACUGCUUUAUUUUAGGGGUUUAGUGAAGGGAAUUUUUGACCCUUCAGACAAGGGGAGUAUACAGAAUGUUAAGACUACACAAGGGUUAAUACUUCCACAGAAUUAUUUUCUGGUAUUUGGGGUACACAUUAAUGCUUGGCAUUACCAAAUAAUGGAAGUUGAAAUGUCCCAAGUGAAUGUCCCAUGAAUGUGAAAUGGCCCAAGCCUCUGGAUAUUUAAAUGUUUACUUUGUGUUCCAUAUGAGAAUGGAGUGAAGUUAAAAUUGUGAUUACUUUUCCUGUAGAGCCCGUCUCUAAACCCAACAUCACAGCAGAGUGCCUGGGGAAUAAUGUCAGUCUCAGCUGCUUCAGUCAGGGGACUGAAAUUACUUAUAGCUGGGAAACUCUGCCCCCCAGUGGUAAUGACAGCUAUGUGCAGCUGGGCCAAACUAUUCACCUCCAGCUACACCCCCACCCUCCCUCCACAACAUACACGUGCACCGCCCAUAACCCUGUCAGCAAAGCCUCCAGUGAUUCUACUGAUCUGGAAAAGUGCUUCACCUCAGGAUCACAAGGAAGAUGGAUUCCAGCCUUGUGUGCAUCAUCUAUUUUCAUUGUCUUCGGAGCACUAGUACUGCUGUACAUGAGGAAAAGGCAAACACAAUAUGAAAGGGAACCAAUUCAAGAGGCAGUCAUGGAGAACGAGCCACCAUCUGCAAUGCCUUCUAUUGAUCCAAUAUAUGUCGCAGGAAUAUACACUCAGUGAGCACUUUAUCAGGGGAGAGCUCAUUCCAGCACUGGGGGCCAAAGUAAAGAUGAGAUGUGACAGAGAGGAGGGACCCUUUCGGAAAGGGAAUGAAAACUAACAGAAGAGGCAGAGUGGAGCGGUCUGGCAGGAGUGAUGAAGUGGUCUGUAUUCUUUGGAAUGAUCUGUGGGUGCAUCGUUCUCAAUCAGUUUAGCAAUGCCAGAGUCAUUCCUGAAGGAGUUCCAUAUGAUGAGCCACCAAAUGUGCCCUACUGGCCCUACUCUACCACGGACUUCUGGAGAUACGUGGAAUACUUCCGCAGCAUCGGGGCCUACAACCACAUCAACGAAAUGGCUAGGGCCUUUUUCGCCCAUCAACACCUUGGAGACACACUGGGCUAUGAAGUUGCUGGGGGGCAUGAACAUUAAAAAUAAUAUGUUGAGGAACAAUGGUGUCCAAUAAGCUUUAGAGAUGCUAUUCAGCCAGCAGCUGAUGUGGUCAUAAAACAUUAAAGGUCCCAUUCAAUCAAAAGCUCUAAAUAAGUAAUUAAAACCUGAGUUGGAAGGAACCCAAUAAACCAAUAAUCUCCAGUGUACACCACUGAUGCCAACCUUGUGUUGUAAAUCACAUAGGUGAAUGAAGUAAUCCAAAUAAUCUUAAAAUAAUAUUAUAUAGUAUUUCUUAACGUGAACCUAUAGCAGUUGAGUUCACAAUUUUAUAAUGACCCAUUGUACUUUAGAAUUAUCUACAAUUGAUCUCAGUUUGUGGGUUAAUAUUUACAAGCUAUUUACAAAUGUAAAGCAUGUCA